CUCCAACCUUCUUCUCUUUCCCUCCCCUAUAUUUCUUUCUUUUAUUUCCAUUCCAGUGUCAUCAUGUCAUCUACCCUAGUUGUAGCUUGAUUCAUCCCUCUUUUGGUCAAAACAAUGACUUUUUAGAAAAAAAUUUCCCGCCUAUAUAUAUAUAUAUAUUAUCGUUUUCUUGAAUAUCUAAUCUAUUUCUUGAGGUUUCAAUCAUACCACAUCGGUUUCUUGACGUUCUAGUCCACCCAUAUCAAUUUCCUAAAGUUCUAAUUAAGCGUACGACAUUUCGACUUCUUUUAGUUUUGUUCUUUUCCAUAUUGGUUUCUUGAAGCUAUUGUCCCAACAAUAUCAGUUUCUUAAUGUUUGGUUCAUGUCCACAUGAUCCAAUUCUUGAAGUUCUAAUCAUGCCCAUCUCGAUUUCUUGAGGUUUAAUACCUAUCCAAAUUGGUUUCUUGAAGCCGGAACUUUUUUGAAGUUCUAAUCAUACGUAUAUCUUGUUCUUGGACUCUUGGUCCAACCCCACGUUAGCUUCUUUAAUUUGGAUUGAAAAAGUUCUAAUCAUGCAUGCCCACAGUUUCUUGAAGUGUUGAUCAUAAGUACAUUGGGUUACAAGCUAAUUGUUUAUUCUCAUGGAUAUAAUCAAGAAAACUUGUUCUAUAAGUUUCUUGAAAGCAAAGAUUCAUGGGUUUAGGUUAGUUUGAAGGUAUAUUAAAGCUUAAAGUUAUCUUUUCUCACAAUGAAUACGCGGUACUUGUUUACACCGGAAUCAUUAUGCAACUCUGCGGUGACAGUUACAUUUUCAUUGAUUCCAUCAACGGGACCCGGGGAAGAGAGGAUGACAGAAAAUAUGGGCCCACGAAGCAGGACCUCGACUCGGGCUCCUUCUGCCAUCCCUUCUUCUUUCUUGGUAAGAAUGGCAAUUAGGAUAUCAAGGGCAAGGUGGUAUAGUUUUGCAAGAAGGGUGUUUCAUUACCAAAACGGGUCAAGAUCAGAUGAUAUUGGGUCGAACCCGUUUAAUUCGGCUUCUUGGAUGUAUAUGGAAUUGAUGGGUUUGGUUUUCCAAAUUGUGGUUAUAGCGUAUACUCUUUCGGUUUCCAAAGAAGAGAAGCCGGUUUGGCCCAUGAGAACAUGGGUUACCGGGUAUGGAAUCGGUUGUGUGCUUAAUUUGGGUCUAUUAUUUUGGCGAUAUUGGCUUUUUUGCUUGAACCAAAUUGGAGCAGAACUUCCUAGUAACAUUGAAGAAUCUAGGAACUUGCAAAUGAUGAACAAAUCUCGAACAUUUAUGGAACUCUUCUUUGCAAUAUGGUUUGUGAUGGGGAACGUUUGGGUUUUCGAUGCUCGAUUUGGGACCUUUAGGAAAGCUCCUAAACUGGAUGUGCUUUGUAUCUCACUACUAGCUUGGAACGCCAUUACCUAUUCAUUCCCUUUUAUAUUAUUCUUGUUUCUAUGUUGUUUUGUGCCAAUUAUUAGCAACCUACUUGGAUACAACAUGAAUGCCGGAUCAAUCAAUCGUGGUGCAUCUGAAGAACAAAUAUUGAAGUUGCCUAGUUGGAAAUACAAACAUAUUAUAGAACCCGAUUUGGAACAAGGGAAAUUAAUUGUGGAUAGCUCAACCACUGAAUGUUGUAUAUGUUUAGCAAAAUACAAGGAAAAUGAAGAAAUGAGACAAUUGGGAUGCUCACAUAACUUUCAUAUGAAAUGUGUGGAUCAAUGGCUCAAAAUAGUAUCAUGUUGUCCCCUUUGCAAAAAAGAAUUAGAAAGAUGACAUGGGCAUGGACACCAACAUGUCAUGACAUUUAAAGAACAACAUAUACACAAACACAUGUACACUUAUUUUGUUUUUGCUUUGAUUUUUAAAAAGAAAAAACUUUGUAUUUGUAAAAAUACGUAUAAGUUUGGUUACUAGAGUGAGGAAAGUGGAUAUAGAUUGUGUUCACUAGUAAUCAUUACGUUUGUAACUAUUAGGUUUAGUUUUAAUUGUACUUGUUAUUUUAUGUAUGUUUUUGAGUAAACACAUGGCUUCUUGAAUCAUUUUAAUGUACAACCUUUAUAUGAA